CAGAGGAGAGGACCACUUCAUCCUGGCUGGCAGAUCUCCAUGCCUGAGAUGCCAUCAUUAGAUGCUGCUCCAAAGACCUAAGGAAAUGUGCCCCAGAGAAGUGUACGGUCCCAAUCCUCUCAACUGAGGCUCAAUGGCCCAGCAAAAUAUGAAAGUGCGGCCUGUGCUUCUAAAGCGUAACAGCCUAGAGUCAGUGGAGUUUGUGAAGCAACCCCACCACCGCAGGAGCAAAUCUCAACAGGUUCGAUUCAAGGAAGAUGGGACCAGUAAGACUCCACCUGGCCUAGCUGAGGCUGAUGUCCAGACUUCUGAGGACCCAGGUGCGAUGGGCAAGACUCAAGCCUCCAGGCACCAUCACCUUCCCACCUACUCACUCUCCUUCCCCAGGUCCCAGAAGGCAGGGGGCUUUCGGAACAUUGCCAUCCAAACCUCCCCUAGUCUCAGGAAGCAUUUCCCAGUUUUCAAAAGGAAGAGACUCACAGCCAGCAAGUCCCUGGUAGAAAUGCCAACAGCAUCCCAAAGUGCCAUCCAGGUCAACGGCAACCUCUCUGAACAGGACAUUGUGUCCUCUGACCUUGCCUACUUAAGAUUGGCUCAGCAUCUUGAGGAUGGGCCUCGAAGGGUCAAAGUGUCUCAUCCAUUUCCUCCUAGAAUGUCCAAGGUGCAGAGCAAUGGGCCUAUUAGCAUAUGCUUGGAAGCAGGGGCUUGGAGGGCCUCAGAGAAAGCAACUGCUGCCAUUCAGGUCCCCGAUGAUAUUUACCACAGUCCUACCUGGGCAGCUAGAAAGUCCACUUUCAGCCCAGACAGGUCAGGUGAUAUAAGCAACUCCAUACAUCCUUUGGCUGACAUAUGUCCAGGUGAUGGGAGAACAGUGCCACUAUCAGAUUCAGAAAGAUCCCCUUCCUGCUUAAAUGCCACCAGCGAUGCCAGCCACAUGCCAGGCACAGGGAAACUUAAACCCGAAUUGCUUUUGCCCAAAGACAACUCUGAUGACAAAGACCUUGGACCAUUGUCAUCUCGGUCAAAGGAAACAUGUGUUCCCUCACCUCCACGGACUCACUGCUCCCCCUCACCAGGCUCCCACAGCCAGCCAGCCCAUCCGGGAGGGGCUUCAGACUAUUCUUCAUUGAGCAACAAUCACCAGGAUCUGCUGUCACUCAAAACUAACAGUGUGUCAAAAUCUGUCCCCAUGUGUCAGGAGCAGAUGGCAAAGAACCCCACCCAGUCAGACACCCAGGACUUUCAAAAUUGUUCAGGAAACAGUCACCUCCCAGCUCCUCUUCCAAGGAGGGAGACCACACUGCAGAGCAGCAGAGAGACUGGUGGGAUUAAUCCAAUUCACCUGGCACGGGGGGAGCUCUGUGAUCUCCAAGGCAGGCUGCAGUCCGUGGAGGAAUCUCUGCAUUCGAACCAAGAGAAAAUUAAAGUCCUUUUGAAUGUAAUCCAAGACUUGGAGAAAGCUCGAGCUCUCACAGAAGGGCGCAACUUUUAUCGAACUGGCCAAGAUCUCAACAACUGCAGUACCUGCCAGAAUACAGCGUGCAUCAUAUACAGUGUAGAAUAUGAUUUUCGACAGCAGGAAGGCAGGUUCCAUGAAGUUCUACAGAGUCUGGAGGAAGCAGAACCAGUUGAGGAGGCAUCUCCCCCACCAAAGUCCCCAGCAGAGCCUCCAGUCCCUGAGAAACAGGACUUAAGGAGGAAAACCAAGAAAGUGAAGAAGAAAUGCUUCUGGUGGAUCUGA